AUCCACGCAGCGGAACAUGUUGCCUGCGUCCCGCUCGUCUUUCCAGAAAGCGGUUUAGAGCAACGCAGCCCGUCUGUUGAACGGACUCAGAGGGAAAAGUUAGGCAAGAUGGCAAACCCAGCAGACCCGGAGUGAAAGGGCACCGCUGCCCCCUCUUCUAAUUAAAAACAAGCCGAGCCUGAGUUUCCUCCUGCGGGGGAAUCCGACGAUGCAAACCGCGCCUGAAGGCCUGACAGGGGAUUCCCUGAAGGGAAAUGCCACAGACUGAUGCUGCUGCGACACAGCAAGAGCUGGAAAAGAGCUGACUCGUCACCGAUCAAUCCCAUCUGAGAUCCACCGAGCCGCCAGAAGCGGAUCCGAUCACCUCAUGCCUGCUUAGAGCCGGAACCGCCUCUCCUCUCCUCCUCUCUCACUCUCUCAGCAAAGGAGAUUAUCGGGAAUCGAAGGUGGUGUGGAAGCCCCUCCAGCAGGAAUUUAUCCGCCAUCUGGUACGUCCCACCGCAUCCGGCGGCGCCUCGUCCGCCCCGCCCGGCAGACCAUGAUGUUUCGGGAUCAGGUGGGCGUGCUGGGCAACUGGUUUAAGGGAUGGAACGAGUGCGAGCAGACCGUGGCUCUGGUGUCACUGCUGAAGAGGGUGAGCCGGACCCAGGCCCGAUUCCUGCAGGUGUGCCUGGAGCACUCCCUGGCUGAAUGCACGGAGCUGCAGGUCCUGGAGGGAGAGGCCAAUAAUCCAGCUCUGAUCAAUCAGUGGCAAAGUGAGCCUAAGGAGCGGAUCAUCUCUCUGGUCCUCACCCACCUCCCUCUGCUCAAACCGGGCAACACAGAGGCGAAGAGCGAGUACAUGCGCCUGCUGCCGCGCAUCCUGGCGCACACCAUCGAGCACGGCCACCAUCUGGAGGAGUCCCGCCAGCUGCUGUCCUAUGCCCUCAUCCACCCGGCCACCUCCCUGGAGGACCGCUCCGCCCUGGCGCUCUGGCUGAACCACCUGGAGGAGAGGGCCGCCGCACGGGGCGACUCCCUGGAGAGGCCGCCUCCCGCCCCCGGCCCCCACCAUCACCACCACCAGUCCACGCCUCCGUCCACCCUCGCCUCGUCGGGAUCCUCGUCUUGCACGAACUCUUCGUCGUCGGGGAACCUGUACAACCUGCACCACCACCACCACCAGCGCUACGGCUCCGACGACCGCCUCAACGGCUGGCAGAACUCCCGGGACUCGGGGAUCGGCGGAGGCUGGCACCAGCAGCAGGGCUGUGAGAACGGACAUCUCCUACUUUACCCAUCAUCCUCGGUGCCGACGACCAUCAACACUGUUGGAACUGGUGGAGGAAGCAACACUAUUCUUUCAAGUGGCGGUGGAAGUCAGCAGCACAGUCCCCUGAAGCGCUCCGUGUCCCUUACGCCCCCCAUCAGCGGCCCCAACAACCAGCCUCUGGGCCACGUCUGGCUGUCCCAAGAGGACCUUCGGACGUCCAGAGGACCCGCCCCAGACCAUGCGCCUCUCUCCCCCCAGAGCAGCAUCGCCUCUUCGGGUAGUGGGGGCAGCGAACACUUGGAUGAUGGCGGCUUAGGAGGAAGUUCAAGUCUGCAUCGCAAUUCCUUUCAUGAGGACGGCAGUGGGAUGAGGGAUGUUCCUGGAUGGCUGAAGAGUCUUCGUCUCCAUAAGUACGCUGUGCUUUUCUCCACAAUGACCUACGAUGAGAUGAUGUCACUGACGGAAGAACAACUAGAAGCACAGAAAGUCACUAAAGGAGCUCGACACAAGAUUGUAAUCAGCAUUCAGAAACUCAAAGAAAGGCAGAACCUUCUGCGCAGCCUGGAAAAGGACGUCUUGGAGGGCGGGAAUCUUCGCACGCCGCUGCAGGAGCUCCACCUGAUGAUCACGACUCCCAUCAAGGCCUUCAGCGGAGGGGAGGAGUCGUCUCUGCAGCGCCCCCUGCUGAGUCCGCAGAGCAAGAGCUCCGCUUCUGACUCCGGCCUGCCUGGAGGCGGCGGAGGAGGAGAGGCCGAGUCCGGCGGCAGCGUCAUCGCAGAGGGGGAUCUGCCGGGCCAGUUCACCCGUGUCAUGGGGAAAGUUUGCACUCAGCUCCUGGUGUCGCGGUCGGAUGAGGACAACAUCAGCUCCUACCUGCAGCUCAUCGAUAAAUGUCUCAUCCAUGAGUCCUUCACAGAGACGCAAAAGAAGAGGCUGUUGUCAUGGAAACAGCAGGUCCAGAGGCUUUUCCGGUCGAUCCCGAGGAAAACCCUCCUUGACAUUGCGGGUUACCGGCCUCAGAGGAGCCGUUUCGGUCAGUCGAACUCUCUCCCCACCACCAGCUGCGUCGGGAGCAGCGUCUCCGCCAGGCGCAGCCUCCACCAGUUCCACAUGCCUUCCAGGAGCUUACCGGGAGCCAGACUGGGUUUACUGGGCAGCGGGGGGCUGCUGGGACCCACACCCCGCAGCUCCAGCAGCACCCCAACCGGUCCCAAACAGGGCCGGCAUGGCCCCUGGUUCGCCAACCCUGGAGGAAGUAACAGCAUGCCGAGUCGGACCCACAGCUCCGUGCAGAGGACGCGGUCGCUGCCCGUCCACACCACGCCGCAAACCAUGGUUACGUUCCAGCAGGCCGAUCAUCAGUUUCCAGUGACGGAGCCGGACAUAAACAAUCGCCUCGAGUCGCUGUGUUUGAGCAUGACAGAACACGCUUUGGGAGAUGGUGCAGAUCGCACAUCGACGAUAUGAGGUCAUCGGGCCGCCACAGGUUCUCCUCAAAGCCAGCCGGAGGUCGCCGGUCCUCCCGCCCCCCCUCCCCGCAGUGCUCCACCGCCGGACCAGACCGGACCUCGGAAACACUCGCAAGUUGGUCACCAAACGGCCAAUGCAGCCCAUCAUCCAUCGGGUCGGACAGAAACAGACUUCCUCCUCCAUCCGAGAAGGAAAAGCAUCAAAGCCAGCGAUGGACGGCGCCGGACUGGCGCCCCCCAGUGGAGGCGAGCGGACGGGCGACACCGGCCCGUGGAUCGGGCCGACCGGAUGAAACAUGGCGUCUUCCGCAUCAGUAAAGUUACCUCAGACGAGACGAGCGGAGCCGGCGCGUUCGAGUCGGGAUUCUCGAACCGAUCGAACGUCCGGCGCUUCGUAGGCGUUAGCACCGCGACUCUGCGAGUUUUCAGCCGACAUCUUGUUUCUGCGUUGUGCGUCCGUAUUGUUUACACGACGAUGCUGCUGCCGGAGCGCGCGCUCGUUUUCAGGAAGCGUGCGAAGCUUUACGACCCGCAGGCAGCCAUCGAACCAGUUUACAGCAAACGUCUCCUUUAUCUUUAAGAAGCGACGGCUGGCUGCGAGGUUUUAACGGAGAGAACGUCAGGAGGAAGUGAAGCAGAGGAAGACGGAGAAUGUUGAAGAGCAGCGGCGUCAAACUCACAAAUUUAUCAAUAAAACUACCUACACUGCAAAAACACUAAACGUUACCAAGUAUUUCUGUCCAGUUUCUACUGCAAACACAUACAAACAUGAAAUGAAACUAACUUACAGCUGACAUGUUGGCAACAUUUAGUUUGUUUUAAGUAAAUAAAUCCAAAAUAUUGAUGAAAAAGUUCCAGUUCCACUGGAAGUUUAUUUCACUUCUGACUUGGGAGAAAUAUUUUGUUAUAAGUGAAAUAAUCUGCCUGUGAAACUAGAACUUUUAUAACAAUAUUAAGGAAUUAUUGAAUUAAAAAAGCCUCCAUGUUUUGCUACAUCUGUUAGUUUUCUCUACACUAUUUUCUUUACAAACUGGACAAAAAUCUUUUAGGAUUUUUUAUGAAUUCAUAAAAGAUUUCAGCUUUCUCCCCAUUCGAUUUCUACAACAUAAAAUUUAAUAUCUUUUAACAAUGGUGGAAUCUGGAUCUAUACAAAUAAAACUAAUUUGAUUAAACUGAUAAAGUUAUAUUUAAACACAGAUUGUUAAAGUUUAUUUAUUUGGCCCUCUAGAGUGUCCAACCUGCAGCUCCUAAUAGCUCUGACUAAAAAUAAUACGAUUUAAGAUUAGAUAAAAUAACAACACAGGUUUUUACAGCAGUUUAUUAGCGGUAAUGUAGAUAUAAAAAAGAAUGAAUUUCUUUAAAAAAUCUUUUUUGUUUACAUUUUUAGCUCAGAAAUUUUCCAAGUUUUUCCACAAAAUAUGUGAAAUUAAUCUCAGUAUUUCUUAGUUUUUUGUUUUUGCAAAUUGUCGAUUUUUAGAGCUCAAAAGUUUCCAUAAUUUCUUUUGGGUUCUAAAAGUUGCAAACUUCUCACCUAGAGGGCCAAAUAAAUAGCUGCAGCGUGCCGGAUUUGGCCCAUGCGCCUUGAGUUUGACACACACAUGUUGUAGAGGAAGGAAUUAAGCUGAAGUGAUGCUGAAGAGGGGGAAGCGGAUGUUAGAAGAGGCCAGACCUCUGAAGGCGACGGAGGAGGAGGGGGAUGAUGUCAUGUGAGCGAGGGCAGCAGGAAGUGGAUUAGUUCGUCUAAAUCUGAAGGUUUGCAGGAAAAUGCAGGAAAUCUCGUGAACGGGAGACGAUCGGAGCGUGUUGGGAUGUCGGGCGAUCUCGUUAAGCCGCAUGUCGCUAAAAAAGUAUUCGUUGAAAAAGUGUGAAAAACAAACUGGUCAAUCCAUGAAGGGUAGUUUUCCCAGAGAUUGUCUGAUUAGUACUUACCUCCACCUGCUGGCCAGACGCAGCCAUUGCAUCUGUGUGUCUUUGCUUCAUCAGCAGAGGCCGUCAUAGAAUAUAUUUUCUUUAUUAUUUUGCGUCUUAAUAUUUAUCCCUUUUUGCUUCCAUCUUGAAUAAACUUCCAUUAAGGAAAUGUGCAAAUAACCUGGUGAAUCCAGAUCAGUUUCUUUAAUAAUUACACUGCAAAAACUAAAUUUCACCAAGUGUUUUGAGUCUGGUUUCUAGUGCAGGUAUCAUAGAACACCUGAAAUAAGAGAAAAACUGACAAAUAACUUUUCAGCAAGAAUCAGAGGUAGAUAAUUCAUUAAGUUCUACUUAUAACAAAACAUUUUUCUAAUUAUAAAUUAUAUCUAGUAAAAUUUAAAAUUAUAACUAGUAGUCGUAAGUACAGGUAUUAGCUGUUCUAGUUUUGCUCUUAGCAUCAGUUAUAGCCGCUCGCUGUAGUUAUAAUUUAUUUCUAGCUGUUCUAGAAUAAUUUAUUCCUCCACUGUCAGAUUAUUUGAUUUACAAGUAGAACUUUUUCUUCAAUAUUAAGGAAUUAUUUACUUAAAACAAACUCCUGUUUCUUGCUGAAAAGUUACUGUAAGUUAGUUUUGUCUUAUUUCAACAAUACUGAGGGAUUUUCACUAGAAACUAGACUCAGAAUGCUUGGUAAUGUUUUGUGUUUUUGCAGUUUAGGGUUUAUUUUUGUGAUUUCAUAGUAUUUUCUUUGCAUCCUGCACUUGAUAAUGUGACUCACGUUCAAACGUUCUGAGUUGAACCAUCUGAGCUCUUAUUAUUGUCUCUUCAUCUAAACUCAGAGACUGGAGUUAAAAACGUUUUCUUUCAUGUCCCGGCGGCCAUUUUAUCUCUGGUCUGCUCCGAGCUUUAACAAAGUCUCCUCCUGCUUGGAUAAAACGGCUUCGUUCAGACGUUCCCCGCAUUCGGCCCGCUGAUCCGAUUGCACUGGACGGCGCUAAAUUCAGGUGUGAAAGAAUGCAAGGCGGCUCAUCCUGGACUAUUUUAGCAUUAGCUAAAGAAGCUGCAGGCCUGACAUGCAGUGGAGAACAGAGUUUCACUCAGAGGAGGCAGAGCAGCCAAAAUGUUCUCCAAGAGUAACGCGACAUUUUUACUCAAGUAAAAGUAAAAAGUAUCCAUCCAAGAAAUUACUAAAGUAAGAGUAAAAAAAAAAAAAAAAGCUAAAGAAUCUACGUAAGAACUGAGUAAUUGGUAAAAUAUCCUUCAUUUAAUGUUUAAAGACAUUGAAAUUUGAAAAAAGUCGAAUAUUUUUAACUUUAAAAAUUUCCAUGUUCUAUAAUCUCCGUUUUUUUCUAGAAAAUUUAAUCUCAAAACUUCUGAGAUUUUCUAGAAUUUCAGAAAUUAUUCUCAAAAUUGCUUUUUCAGCAAAUUUACAACAUUUUAAACAGAAUAUUUCUUGAUUUUCUUGAAUAUUUAUUAGAUUAAUCCAGUGCUUCUCAGUUCCUUGCAUGCUCUGCAUGUUUUAGAUGCACCUGGACUCCAGAGCAUCUGAUUCAAAUGACUGCAGGACCAUCAGGAGCUGCAGGAGCCUGUUAAUCACCCACAUAUUCAUCCAGGUGUGUGGCAGAAGGGAAACACCUAAAACGUGCAGGGCGGGGGCCUGAGGACCAGAAUUGAUUAGCACUGGAGUAAUCUCAAAAUUUCUGAGGUUUUACUAAAAAAUUUCCAACUUUACAAAAUUUUGAAAUUUCCAAAUUUUUGGAUAUUUUACGUAAAAAAUUUUAUAUAAAGAUGUUUAAAAAAUUUUUUGAAAAUUUUAAACUUCUGAAACCCAGAAAUUUUCUUGAUUUUUUUUUUUUUUAAUUUUAGACUUUAAUAAUUUAUCUGAAUUUGUCAGUGAUAUCUGGAUUACCGGAGCGGAUGUUCCUGCUCUGAACGAAGCUGUGACACGGAGAGGUUUGCUGCGUUAAUGAAAGCUACAUGCUAACAUGACCUCAAAAUAAUUAGAAAAAAGUUCUUUUUUUACCUCAGUUUGCUGCAAACGACUAAAAGAUAAAAAACAUUUUGAUAUAUUUUAAUUGUUCUACAUUUGCAGAUCAUCUGGACGGUUUUGCUCGGAAGCAGAAAAUGUUUUUAUUUAACUUUUAAUUUGUUUUAAGAGGCUGAAAAUGUGCAGAAACUCCUGAGAGUUUUAAAUGAAAACAACUGAACUUUUCUCAGACGUUUCGACUUUCAUCCAAACGGUUUCUUCUGUUCUGACGAUUAAUCGGAUAAAAAAAUCAAUACAGUAAUGGGCUGAUCUGUUGAUUAUUAUUAACUGAUAAGUAGAACUUUUUUUUUUUUUUUUUGCCUUUUUACAGAAUUUUAUUCAGUUCAAGCUAAAAAUGUGACUAGAGGAGAUUUGGGUAAAACUAUGUCAGGGUUUCAGAGAUGGGAAAAAAAUAAAGCUCAGAAUUUUUAUAGAAAAAAAUUUGAAUAUUUGAGUUUCAAAAGUUGAAAAUUUUUGAUUUUUUUAAAAACAUUUUCUUUUUUUCUCUGGAAAGUUUCUGAGAUCAAUUGCAAGAUUUCUAAAAUUUUUUGUCAGAAAUUUACUCUGUUUUUGUUUGCAAUAUGCAAUACCAUCAUAUAGAAAAGAUUUACAAAUAAAUAAACUUUUUCAUUUAUUUUAUGCAAAAUGCUUACAUUUUGGCCUAUUUAAUGCUCUUAGCAUGUUGUUCUUGUGGCAAACUGCAUUUUUUGAAUCUCUGUGCUCCAAUUAACAAUUAAUCGAUCACUAAAUCACGAUUAAUCAUGAUUAAUCUGGUUAAUCGUUUCAGCUUCAGUCCCAAAAUGCAGGUUUCUGUGAAACUGCCUGAGACGAGUCCAGGCUGCAGUGUAGGGGUUAGAAAGAUGAAUCUGAGGCUCUCCAAUGUUGGUUUUUCAUAUUUUACAUGAAAAUAUUCAUUUAAAACUCUCAAGAUUAAAUCCUGAAUGACUGAAAAUCUGCAUCAGUGUGUUCAGAAACUCCCUUCAGAUCCAGUGGAAGCAGAUUAAACUCUAAACGUUGUUUUUGUUUCUCUAUAUAAUCUCUCAGCUUCACUGCCAUGCAUCGCUCAGUACUUGAGUAGAAAAUAAUUUAUUUCCUUUUGUUUUCCGUAUUUCCUGCAGAGGUAAAACUUGUAGGUGUUUUAUUAUUUAAGUACCGUCUGUGUUAACGUGUUAUGGCUGGUGACCAUGCAUACAUCUCAGAUAUAUCGUCAUUUUUUUGUUCUUGUUUGCGUUUGUUGAGUUGUAUUUCUGUUUAAUUUUAUCCAGAUCCAAACUCUUCGUUUGGUUCAGGAGUCAGAAAUGUGUUUGUAGAAGGAAAACGUUUAAAACGAGCUGAACUCUGGCUGGGGGUGUUUCCCACCAAGCGGCCAUUUAGAGAGGACUAUUUUUAGCGGCGGAUUAACACGUUUUGCCUGGUGGCAUUGUGUUUCAUUCAGUUGGAAAUCUGCUUAAGAGAAAUAAAGAUAUUUCUGAUGGUUUUUAUGUUUGAGAAAAACCGAAGUUCUCCUUUUACAGAGACUUGAUGUGUGAACAAAGUGAUGUAAUUUGUGUUAAAUCAAACCAAAUCAGCUCCGCGCAGUAUUAGCAUUUAACGCUUUGUUAUUCCAAAAGCAUUUAUCGUAUUUUACGUUGAGUUAUAUAUGCUUUUUUUAUUUUUUCAUAGAGUCUGCAAAUCAGUUUGUUUUUUUGUUUUUCAGAUGCCAGGACUUUUUGUUCUUUUUUUGUUUGUUUUUUUGGAAAUGUGUAACAAAGCGUUACCGCUUGACUGUUCUCCCUUUAUUUCAUUUAGAUUUAUUUUAUCAAAGAGCCGAUGUCCUGUAUUGACUGCAGGCUUACUUCUAUAUUUGAAAAAAAAAAAAAAUUAAAUGUAUGUUUAAUAAUAAAAAGUUGCAAAAAAUAAAAAAAAUCUAGAAAAUGAAAAGACAAUUAAAAAAAUUUAUUUAUAUUUUAAACUGCAUGCACAAGACUGGGAAAGUUGUAUUUAGAAUAACAAAUGGCAGUGCCUUUUUUAUAUACUUGACACAUCAACAUCAUGAAAAAGCAAAACGCAAUAAAUGGUUUUGUAUCAAUUUUUAUGUUUCAGCUUUGGGAGGAAUGACAGCUGA